GUUUAAGGAUUGGCCAACUUCAAACUUGCAGUUUAGGGACUGACUGGCUUUGAGGAGCAAAAGUACUGAAGUGGGGCAGUUGCUGAUGAGCUUUCUUGGCUAAGUACUUAAGUGCAAAUGUUGAGUAGACUUUAAGGAUUGAUUGAUUGGGGCAGAUUUAAAACCAGUUUUGUGGUUACUUGUUUCCAGCCUGGGGACUAGAGCCGAAGAACAAUCUUUUCCUUUCUUGAAGUUGAAGAACAGUCUCAGGAUAAUGUCAUAUUUGGGACCCAGGCUGCUUCAAGGAUUAUUUUUAUAUAUAGUUAAAAAGAAUUAAUUGAAAGGAUUUACCAUAUAUCUUAUGACUCUACAGGAGCCUUGCAAAUAGAACCUGGCAACUUAAACAGUAAUUUCAGCCAGUUUGCAUUUAAUGGAAGGAGACCAUUGUCUACUCAUGUAUCCGUCUAACUCCUAAUAGCAGAAACUGUACAGAAGGAAAAAGCUUAGAGGUGGCAACAGCUGAGAGAGAAAUGAGUGGAACCAACAAUGUUGUGAGUCAGGCCGGAAGAGCGUCAAAAGGUGGAAAUGCAGUUUGUUCAAAAUACACUGAUUGGUCUAUGGUGAUGAAGCCAAAACUCGAAUCGUCCUUGGCAAAAGGAAAGUUACUAUUCAAGUAAAGUACAUCAUAAUGCAGAAUUCUUUAUCAGUACCACCAAAAGAUCAAGGAGAUGUCUCUGUGUUCACCAGUCUUGUGGAGAUACAGCUGACUCGGGAAAUGUCGGAGACCCCCGGAAGGACAAUGUGCACAGGUGUAUCAAACAUUCCUUCUGGAAAAAUACAAAGUGGGAAAGGUUUGAAGAAUAAGAAUCAGUUUAGGACUAUUGCACCGAAAAUCGUGCCCAAAGUCCUAAUAUCCAGAAUGCUGCCAUGUCAUUCACCAUCACUCUCUGAUCAGGUGAAUCCGGGACCCUCUAUCAACUCCAAGCCCCUGGGGAUGUCCACCCAGAACUAUGCUCUGAUGCAGGUUGCUGACCAGGAGGGGACAUUUUCUCUUGUUGCUUUGCCAAAUGUUGCCUCAGCUCAGCCAAUUCAGAAGCCCAGAAUGCCCCUGCCCGAAAACCUGAAACUGCCUAUUCCUCGAUAUCAACCCCCAAGAAAUAACAAAAAAUCAACAAAGAAACCAAUCCUGAGCCCUCCUGAGAGUGGCUGUAGCAAACCUCCUGCCCAAACCCAAGUGUGUCUUCAGAUGUCCCUUUCCUCACCUGACCACCCUGAACUCUCGCACAAGCCCAGUCCCUUUGAACAAGUGACACCACUAGAGCAAGCCCCAGCCAGCAUCAGCACGGCUACACUGACCAAUGGCUGUGACCAUGGGGACUCGAGACCCCCAGUGACCAACAGCUGUGGUCAUCUGAGCCCUGCUGCCACCCCAACCUCAUCCACCCCAACCUCAUCCACCCCAGAGGGGCCCUCUGCCAAGCAGGGCCUCCCAGAGAUUUCAAGGAGAGCAAACUUUGCAAGCAAGAACACAUCCAGCAAACCUGCUGCCAUCACCAGUGAAAACCUUAAAGAACAAAUUGACCUUGCAAAAGCCAUGACCAAGUUGUCACCUGGUAUUUUUGGCAGUGCAGUCCAGUUGACCUCCGCAGUCCCCAGAGGGAAAGUGCCAAUCUUACCCUACUCAAGAAUGAAAACAGCAGCAGCCUACAUAGUGGAAUCCAGUGCUGACACUGCGGGCUUGUCUCCACUGGGGCUCGGAGCAGGCUGCGAUAAGACAUCGCCCAUCACAGGAUGCUUUGAUGCAGCCACCAAAAUGACCAGCAAGGUACCAGUUUCACAGGUGUCCCAGCAGAGUCCCUGUGAAAAUGCCUUUUGUACAGCCACCGAGCCAGAUCUCAGCCUCAAAAUAAAACUGAACAGUGGGGCAGCAAAGAGAAGUGGAAGAAAACGAAAGGUACCAGAUGAAAUUUUGGCACUUCAGGGAAAAAGGAGAAAAUGCAUCAUUAAUAAGUGUAGAGAUGCUAAAGAAAGAGUGAAAACCGAUUCCCAAGAAUCCAGAGACCAAAAACCUGGGGCUGUGAAAAAAUACCGUAGCAUUAUGCCCAAACCUGUGAUUGUCGUGCCCACUCUGGCUCCCCUGGCUCCUCCUGCGGCUACACUACAAUCUCAGAUGCUGGGGGGCCUAGGACAGGACAUGCUGUUACAUAAUUCAGCCACUCCUAAGUAUCUUGGCCCUAAGCAGGACAGUAGCUCCUCCCCCAAGCCCAGCUCUGUGCUCAGAAAUGGCUUCUCUGGCAUUAAGAAGCCGUGGCACAGAUGUCACGUCUGUAACCACCACUUCCAGUUCAAACAGCACCUUCGAGACCACAUGAACACACACACCAACAGACGGCCGUACAGUUGUCGGAUCUGUCGCAAGGCCUACGUACGUUCUGGCAGCCUGAGCACACACAUGAAACUUCACCAUGGCGAGAGCCGUCUGAAGAAACUCAUGUGCUGUGAGUUUUGUGCCAAAGUGUUCGGUCACGUCCGAGUCUAUUUUGGCCACCUGAAAGAAGUGCACAGAGUUGUGAUCAGCACCGAGCCCUCCCCCAGUGAGCCGCAGGGAGAUGUGCCGAAGAACAGAGAGGCUGGUGUGCCCGGGACGGCGGGAGCACUGGAGAGGGAAAAUAAGUCAAGCCUGGAAGAAGACUUGCUUCUAAACCAGGCAGACGAAGUCAAAUUACAAAUCAAAUGUGGCCGCUGUCAGAUCACUGCUCAGUCUUUUGCUGAAAUAAAGUUUCAUUUACUUUAUGUUCACGGAGAGGAAAUUCAGGGCAGGCUACAAGAGGGGAUCUUAAUGGGGAGAAAGGUGGCUCAGGAAGCACUGGUUAAACACUCCACAGCUGACUGCAGACAGCAUCCCGAAAGAAGAAAGCUGGCGAAGCAUUGUCCCUCUGAGGAGGAAUUACGUGCAUUUCCUAAACUAAAAAGGCAACUCUACCUUCAUCAUAAGAAUGGUGUGGAAAUACUCACAGAAAAUGAAGGCGCUCAACCAGGAACCAACGAGCCCAGGGAAAGCCCCCAGGACCCCCGGGGUCCCGGCCUCCACACCGUUCUCCUGUGGUCCCAUUCGGGCUUUAACUGCCUCCUGUGUGCCCAGAUGCUGGGAAGGAAAGAGGACCUCCUCCUGCACUGGGAACGUCAGCAUAACUGUGAGGACCCCUCCAAACUGUGGACUAUUUUAAAUACGUUCUCUAACCAGGGAGUGAUUGAACUUGCCAGUGAAACUGAAACAUGAGACACCAAGACAAGCUUUCGUGAGAGUUUUGUGCUUUGUGGUGGUGCUUAAUUAGAAAGAUCAGAUUAGUUAGGAGCAGCAUCAAUGAACAGAAGUGAUUUUUGUACAUAGUUUUAUUUUCUUACCAGAUAAAAUAUAUGUUCAUGAUGCAUAAUUUUCUAGCCAUAUGCAGCCUUAUUUUAAAAUUCUAUAUAUUGACUCUUAAUAUUUAGACUUUAUUUCAGAAUAAAUAAAAAGACCAAAAUUUGAGAGUGAAAUAUAAAGGAUUCUAGGCUGUUCUUCAAAUACAGUUUUCAGCAAAAAUGUGUGUGUGUGUGUGUGUGUGUGUGUGUGUCCUUUUGUUCUGAUGUUUUCUGCUUAUGUAGAUCAACAAAUGUGAAAAAUUCCCAGGUGGCAAAACCAUUUUAGUCUCAACCUUAGUGUUAAGUUAGAUGGUAAAUGUUGAUAUUCAUUAAAUACUUUGGUUUAUUUGAACAUGCUGUAGGGUAGUAUUCUAAUAAGGUUGUCAUCUACGGUAAUUUAAAAUCCAUGUUUUCAGGACUUAGGUGGUUUUGUUUUUGUAAUUUUGCUGUUUUCUUAAAUGUGCAUUACCUUGAAGAUUAGUUGUUGGCAAGUCUUGUGGCUACAGUGUUCCAUGUCAAAAUAAUAAAAAAAAAAAAUAGUACU